AUGGUGGUGGCUUUAGGUCCCGGAAAGUUUUAUGGAAGCGGCCUCCCAAGACCACGGAUCUACACAGACAUCAAGUACAACUCCUACCGAGUCGACCCGCCUGUUUCUGUUACAGAUCCUUUAAUGUCGUGGGCAGAAGAAGCUCACUGGUCAAUGGGUGGCUUGAACGUUAAUCGCCAUCAUCUUCAAGGUCGUAUCGAAGGCAACGUCGAGAAGCUUCGGAGCCAGAUCGAGGAGUCAAUCAAGAAGAAAGAAUCCUUAAGCCCGUUUUCGUCAAAGGAAAAGCCCAUUUCCAAAUCGUCGGAAAGAUCAGCCAAGAAGGAGAAAGGGGCUGAGCUGGAUCGUAGUCGAAGCCCGUCGCCGCCUCCAGCUCCGUUAGCUAACAAGCGGAAGAGGCGAUUUCUGGGUUUUGUUGAUGAGGACGAUGAAGGUGAAGAGAACAUUCCGGCUGGGAAGUUUCCGGUGAGGAAGCUUUCUGAUGAGUUCGAUCUUAUUGCGUAUACAAAGAAAAGUCCGGCGAGAAGCUCUAGAGGUGUUGCGUCUGAGGCGGCGACAAUCGCUUUAAGGACCCGGGGUCAGAAAAUGGUGACUGAGGAGCCGAUGAAGGGUAAGAAGCGAUUGAGAAAGAUUGGUGAAACUACAAAUGUUGAUGCUUCUUCUUCUUCCAGGAUUUCAUCGAGAGUAGUUAAGCGUGUGUAA